UUGUACAGGUCUGUAAUUGAAGAUGUCAUCAAUGAUGUCAGAGAAGUUUUUCUGGAUGAAGGAGUGGAUGAACAAGUUCUUAUGGAACUCAAAACACUGUGGGAGAACAAGCUGAUGCAGUCCAAGGCUGUAGAUGGCUUCCAUUCAGAAGAGCAGCAGCUUUUGUUGCAGGUGCAACAGCAACAACAGCAGCAGCAGCAACAGCAGCAUCAUCACCACCACCAUCACACACAACCUCAGCCACAGCAGACUGUGCAGCAGCAGUCUCAGCCACAGCAAGUCCUUAUUCCAGCGUCUCAGCAAGCACCUCAGCAGCAGGUUAUUGUGCCAGAUUCCAAGCUGAUACCACACAUGAAUGCAUCAGGCAUGAGUGCUGCAGCCACAGCAGCUACAUUGGCUCUCCCUGCUGGUGUUACUCCAGUUCAGCAGAUCCUUACAAAUUCAGGCCAGAUCCUCCAAGUAGUCAGAACUGCAAAUGGAGCUCAGUAUAUCAUUCAGCCCCAGCAGCCAGUUGUGCUACAGCAGCAGGUCAUACCACAAAUGCAACCUGGUGGAGUACAAGCACCUGUUAUUCAGCAGGUUUUGGCUCCUCUUCCUGGAGGGAUUUCCCAGCAGACAGGAGUGAUUAUUCAGCCUCAACAGAUCCUGUUUACAGGAAAUAAAACACAAGUCAUACCUACAACUGUGGCUGCCCCUACACCAGCUCAAGCACAGAUUCCUGCAGCUGGUCAGCAGCAACCACAGCAACAACAGGCACAACCACAAGCACCGCUUGUUCUCCAAGUGGAUGGAGCAGGGGACACAUCAUCUGAAGAAGAAGAAGAUGAGGAAGAAGACUAUGAUGAUGAUGAAGAGGAAGACAAAGAAAAAGAUGGGGGUGAAGAUGGCCAAGUUGAAGAGGAGCCUCUUAACAGUGAAGAUGAUGUGAGUGAUGAGGAAGGACAAGAACUGUUUGAUACAGAAAAUGUUGUUGUGUGCCAGUAUGAUAAGAUUCACAGAAGUAAAAACAAAUGGAAAUUUCAUCUCAAAGAUGGCAUCAUGAAUCUUAAUGGAAGAGAUUAUGUAUUUUCCAAAGCCAUUGGGGAUGCAGAAUGGUGAAGUUUUAAAAGACAAAACGAAAGAACUCCCUGUAAUAGGAAAAAAAUAUAAAUCAAAAGCAGGAAAGGUUGAGACUUGGAUGUAUACUCCAAUCAAAAUGUGUAUCUGCACAUCAGAAAUAAAAGUGUUUGGAACAAAGGUAAAAUGUGGCAACAAAGACACUACUUCAGAUGAGCAAGCCAUGGACUGUAGCAGCUAUAGCAUUGUCUGGGAGCUGGUUUUGUGUGUUAGGAAUACCUUAAUUAUCAAUUCUACAUACAGGUACCUACAGCUGGUAUUUAGCAUGUAAGGCUUUGUCCCCCUGCCCCCCUCCUUGAUUUAAGAUUUUAAAAUACUUCUUCCACUGAUUGAAGGAACUAUUCCCUUUGAUAGAUUAUUAAUCUGAAAAUGCUUAUUGUGUGUACAAAUCUUUGCUUUGAACACUUCCUUUUGGUAGUGAGGAUGGUCAGAAUGUUACUUAAACUGCGUGCAAGCUUUGUACAGAAGGGUA